AAACACGGAAGGAAGCAUGGAAGCAAAAUGUUAAAACAGGCUCAAAAGGAAGGAGAGUGAAUUGCCAGGUCUGAGCAAGCAGCGACUGCCCCGGGACAGCACCAGCGUAUGUCACCCCACGCCAAGACCGAAGGGAACCGCAAGUCAGUUUCUACAUGGCCUGGCUGGGACUUGAGGCGGGGUUUUCCUGCGGGAAGCAGGGCUUUCUUGAGAACGCUCAAGCGUGCCUGGAAGGGUCACUUCGGUAAUCCUAGAUGUGGGACUCUGAACGAUUUAGUGGAGAAGGAAAUGAACUCUACACACGCUCACACACACCCCAAAUGUGAAAAACACAGCAUUCUAAUCCUCAUACUAAACGCCUGGAGGGCUGAACCCCGGCUUAAAUUGAUCAAAUUUCGCCCUUGCUAUCGUCAACCUAGAGCUCAACGAGACUGCAACGCGCUGCAGAGAGCGUGGAAACAUUCCUGAGUUCCCUGCUCCCUCUAGUGGACACUUGCCGCUUCUGCACCUGGGAAGACUCCGCCCCUGAACCUUUUCCCUCCACCCUUUUCUUUUCUUUUUUUUUCGGCAACCGUAUUGGUUGCUUUCGCCCGCCUACCUCCUCUUUGAUUGGGCGGAACGGAUGUCCGUGUAAGGUAAGAGGCCCUACAGCAGCUCCCUGCGGUUAUAGCGUUCUGGCAGGGCAGAAACCCCAAGGGGGAGUGGCAACAAUGGCAUCAUCACCAGGACACCACAAGGAUGGCUCCUGUUGCUCCCACCAGAUGGCAGUGCCGAGCGUUCACCAGACCCUGGAUGAGAUGGAGUUUGAGAGAGGUAUUUGGUGUGCUGCACUGAAUGGAGACCUUGAGAGGGUCAAAAAAAAGGUCCUAAGCCACAGUAAUCCCAGCGAUCCUGACCCCUUUGGAUACACGGCCUUGCACUACGCCAGUCGCAACGGGCAUUACGACGUCUGCCAUUUCCUCCUGGAGAGCGGAGCCAACUGCAAUGCUCAGACCCACGGUGGGGCUACCCCUCUCCACCGAGCCGCUUACUGCGGCCACAGGGAGAUAGCCGAGCUGCUGCUGACCCACGGAGCUGACCCGGCUGCCACGGACGACGACGGCAGGACCUGCCUGCACAAGGCAGCAGAGAACGGACACCGCAAGCUCUGUGCUCUCUUCCUGGAGCACAACUCCAGCCUGAGGCACCUGCGGGACAAGAACCACUGGCGCGCCUGCGAUUUAGUACCUGCCAAGAAUGAAGACUUGAGGAAGCUUUUGGAACAGGGACUGGAUGGCUGACAAAUUGCCAAGGAUUUUGGGAGCUGAGCUGUUCUCUAGGCAAAGGGCUCUGCAGCUCUUAUCCUCCCCCCCACACACACACUCGUGUUCUCUGGUAUUACAAAGACACAUCUGAACCAAAUUAAUUUUUGACCUCAAUCUGUGGAGAAGAUAUUAGUUGGUUAAAAACUUUGAUUCCUCUUUCUCGAGGCUUGGCCUAGUUUUAGGAGCUGCAGAAGGGCGCAGGAACCAUGGCGGUAGCUUUGGGUGGAGAUUAUUAGAAUGUCGUUGUUGCAGAAAAAGACCUUGUGGGGUUUCAGAGGGCUGCCCCUUUCCCUAAAAGCAGCUAAAUCUGGGGAAUGGCUGCAGCUCAGUUGUAACUCAUGUGCUUUGCAGGCAAAAGGUUGCAGGUUCAGUCUCCAAUGGCAUCUCCAAGCAGGGCUGGGGAAGUCUUUUUGUUCUGGAACCCCGAAGAGCUACUGCAAAAUGUAGACCUAGGUGGCCAGCCUGCAAGCUGGAUCCGGCCCCCCAAAAGCUUGUAUGUGGCUCCUUAAGAUCUGCUGCCCCAAAUUUGUCAUUUAAUUUUUUAAAAUACUGUACUGGCCUGAAAAUGGUUAGCUACCCUUGCUGUAGACAGUUCUCAGCUAGAUGGACCACUGGUCUGAUUCAAUAUGAGACCGCUUCCUAUGCUUGCUAAAUCAAGCACCUAUGAUCGGCUGAUGGCACCAUUUCAGAAGGAUGUGAUAUCUGUCCUUGGAUUUGGGGCUAUAUCAAAAGAGUUGGUGAUCUGUAUUCUGAGUCACAGUUCGGAGCUGUCAGCACUCAGGUGACUUGCCUCUCCCCGAACACCCUGCCCCCCACGCCUAGGCCCUGCCCCCACCUUCCUCCUCCCCCACUGUAGACUUUUCCCUGUUGAUCUUGUCGCCUCUUUAAUAUUGCAAAAGCUUUAUUGUAACAACUUGGGCUGCAGCGUUUAGUUGAUGAAUUGGUUAGACUAAUCAGAUUAACAAUGUAUUGCUUGACUAAAAAGGUAUGCCAGAUUAGCAUGCAGCCAACUUUAAAAACAAUUUUUAAAAAAGGAUUGAUAAAAAAAGUAUCUGGCUAGGUGUCCUCUUAGAACAGUCAUUCCAUCCUAUUCGUUUGAUAAGAAGGAAUACCUCUCCUAAGGCGAUUUCUGCAGCAACACAUGGAUGCAUCAUCUAAACUCAAAAGGCUUGGAUCCACACUUAAAGCAGACCCAUUGAAAGCAAUGAGAUGUGUUAGUCACUCACAAGUCCCAUUGAGUUUAAUGGGACUUAAGUAUGACUAAGCCUGGAUCCAUAGUAUAUAUUUUGUUUCUUUUUUUAAAAAAGAUGUUUUUUUCUUCCUCGUGUGAGGUUAUUCAGGCACAGUUACUUUAUCGACUAAAUUAAAGAGAUUCCUUAACUGACAUACACAUAGAGCAAAGCAUAGGUAGGAAACCCUUUAAGGAUAUCCAAAAUAUGAAUUCCAAUAGUUAACAAACAAAUCUCCCAUCCUAUAUGUACACUGGUAGAUGCUGUUUCCUCGUGGGGUUCUUUCUAGAUGAGUUACGGUUUAUUUAUACAGCUUGCAGACUCCAAAUGGUGAAGCUUGCCCCGGUGGACUCUACCACUUAUCCGUAUGUAAGAUAAGUCCUGUUGAAGCAGCCAAGAGGUGCCUGGCAUCUAGGCCACCUCUGGUGAACCCAUUAAGUGGGUGGAGAUAGGAUUGGAUCCAUGAGUUAGCUUCCGCUUAAUAGCUUCACAUUUUCUCAGAAGUAGCAAGGCAAGGUGGUUGCCUUAUGUGGCAGAUUUGGGGCUCUGUUAAGGGUGAUAGACUGGGAGAUGAACAGCUUGUUUCAACGAGGCCUGCACAGAAGAAUUUCCUCUGUCAUGUAUUAAUUAAUGUAUUUUUUUAAUUUGGAUUUUCUGCAUUAGGCACCCAAAUAACACAGCCUAGCUCUAAACAUACGUUGUUUAAGAGAGCCUUUGCCAACCUGAUGCCUUCUAGGUGUUUUGGACUACAACACCCAUCAGGCCCAGCCGGUGUGUGAUACCCAGGUCCAAUGGGAGUUAUAGCACGAAACAUCUGGAGGGCAGCAGGUUAGAGAAGGCUGGGACUAGACAGGUGAGGUGGGGUCUUUCCCCUUUCCCUGCAAAUUUUUUAUCCACUAAGAAUCACCCCCAGCUGCUUUUUCGCACUGCAUCUGGAAAGAUGCCUGCCCGAGCAUCUUUUCCCCUAUGGGUGGAAAAGCAACUGGAGUGAGGUGGGGUGGGGACAGCUGAUUGAAUAACAUUCCAUAUGAUGAGCAGGACUGAGUAACUUCUUCCCUGCUGCUCCCAAUUACAUUUGGAGCGACCUACCCCCCCCAUUGCUUCAUUAAAAUUAAAUGAAAACCUUAAGGACAGAUUUCUCCAAUCUGGUGCCCUCCAGAUGUUUUGGACUAUAACUCCGAUCAGCCUCAGGCACUUCAUUUAGCUGGUCCAAGUGUGCUUUGCCAUUGUCCCUUCAUUCUUUUACAAAAGCGAUAAAUUGUGUGCUGUACGGAAACUGGAAGAGGGUGUGACUGGCCUGCAAUGGCAUCUUAAUCACGUUAGGGAGUUGCAGCAGGUGACUGGCCCCUUGCUGGUAUGGCUGAUACUGCACUGUUCUGUAAGAGAAUACUGUUUAUUAAGCAGAGGGAUCUUUCUGUAUCCUUUGCUACUAAGAUCAGCAAAGGGAAAUUAACUUGCCCAUCUGCCCUUCUGGCCUUUUACAUCAACGUUGCAUUUCUUUAAUAUUUAGUAUCAUUUCAACACAUCACGCUAUUCACAUAUUUUUUUUAAAAAACCUAUUAAUACCAAAUCUCUAUAUGUUUAGAUAGAUAGAUAGAUAGAUAGAUAGAUAGAUUACACACAAACACACACACACACAUUUACAGUCAAUAAUCAAUAUAGUUCUGACCGUAUAUUCUUAACGUAUGGAGAAGCUAUUAUAUUUGUCAAUAUCCAUAUUAUAUUCCAUCCAUGGGAGCCAUUUACUUUUAUUUAUUUUUCUUCAUAUAUCUUCCAUCAUGUAGCUGAACCACACCUGUGAAUUUAUGAAUUUCUGCUACUAUCCAAACUUUAACUAGCUUUUUGAGGAAUAAAAAAGCUGCUGGGUUUUGAACCUGCCACCGUGUGUGUAUAUGUGUGUGUGAGAGAGAGAAACAGAGAGAGGGGGGUUCUCUUCCCCCCACCCCCCAAAAAGACCGCUGCCUGCAGUUCCUGAAGCAGAAUCGUGGGGUGUUUCUGUAACCUUAAGCUCUUGAGCAGCGGGAAGUGAAUAGCCCCUCCCUGAGAUUCAAUAUCAUCCUUUCUCAGAUCUAUUUCCAUCUUGUAUCUCCUGUACCUGUAACAUGAACUCUUCAGCAACCUAGUGACAGAGAAUCCUGGCUUUUGAAUCCCUGUAACCCUUUCCCUUCCCUGUCUUAUACUGGGCCCAAAGUGGUUGAAAGCAAAAGAAGAAGAAAGCUGGCAGAGUUGAAUGGGAUUCAAAGAGCAAGCAGCCAUAGGACUGUUUUCCCCUUGGAGUUCUAACCCAUGUCUAUCCCCAUUAGAGAUGGAAAGAUCUGUCAGGUUUGCUUCUCUUACUGUCUCAUUUUUCUAAUCUUGAAUUCAGUUCUCCACACUUCUGCAGCAAUUAGCAGAUUUUUUUUAAAAAAAACAACCAUGAAAAUUCACAA